AUGAAUCAAUAUAGGGAUGAUCUGGGCGAAUCGCAGCAUUUCACGGACAAUCCUCAGUUCGAAGAGUGGAGUGACGCUAUAACAAAGAAUCUGUUUGAUGUUAACGGUCACUUGAGCACAUUGCAGCAAUUCAUCAAAACCUUACAAAGUAAUCUUAAGCAAGGUAAUAACCGAUCAAAGAUGAUUGCAAACAUUGACAAAAAGUCCGUCUUACAUAUCGAAAAGAUUUCAGGUGCUUUGAAGGUGGUCAAUGAUCUGGUGCAUAAGAUGAAUUCCAUCGAGGAAACAGCCCUAAAUAAGGCACAACUAAUAUCUAGGGAAAAGCUGAUUAGAGAUGUCAAGUAUUCAGUGCAAGAGUUUCAAAGUGCUCAAACGGAAUUUGCACGUAUCAGUAAAAACAUGAACGAGGAGGCUCGGGCGGCCUUAGAAGAAGACAUAAAUCACGGUGGUGAUGUGUCGACCAACGCUCCCUCUGUCGGUGCACCAGAUCAGCAGAUAGUGAUAGAAAGAGAAGCUAUAAAUAACGAAGAGUUUGCAUAUCAGCAAAAUUUGAUACGACAACGAGACGAGGAAAUUUCGAACAUUGAAAGUGGCAUUACUGAACUAAACGAGAUAUUUCAUGACCUAGGAACUAUUGUUCAACAACAAGGGCAUCUAGUGGACAAUAUCGAGAGCAAUAUUUAUUCAGUGGUUAAUAGUACACAAUCGGCAGCCCGAGAGUUGGGCAAAGCCAUGGCAUCCCAGAGAAGCUCAAGCAAGUGGUGCCUAUAUAUGCUCAUUAUUCUUGCAUUCUUUCUUUUGAUGAUGUUGUUGAUAGUAUUUACUUAG